UUGAAACGCAAUAAAUCAAACCUACAGGAUGGUACGAUCGAAGAGAACGGAAACGGUGGUAGCCCACUAAUGGAAGAUAGCGGUCUUCCUCGGCAGCAGCAGCCAGGCGACUUGCAAUCGCCGCAACCCGAUGGAACGGUUCCGGCAACCGACGGACCGAAUGUAUCGCCCCCAGCAGCCGGCAACAUAACCGAUAUCGCGACCCUUCCACCGAACUCCCUGUUGGUGGAUAUUUCCGAUGCGUUGAGCGAAAAGGAUCGUGUCAAAUUUACCGUCCACACCCGCACCAACCUGCCUGGUUUUGCGAAGACUGACUUCUUGGUAGUCCGGCAACACGAGGAGUUUGUGUGGUUACAGGAUCGCUUCGAGGAAAACGAAGAGUACGCCGGAUACAUCAUUCCGCCUUGUCCGCCACGACCAGAUUUCGAUGCACCCCGAGAGAAACUGCAGCGACUUGGCGAAGGUGAGGGCAACGUGACCAAGGAAGAGUUUAAAAAAAUGAAACAGCAACUGGAGGCCGAAUAUUUGGCAACGUUCAAGAAAACGGUCGCAAUGCAUGAAGUUUUUCUCACCCGCCUUGCCUCACAUCCGGUUUUCCGGAACGAUUCGCACCUGAAAGUGUUCCUCGAAUUUGAUCAGGACCUGUGCGCCAAGCUGAAAAAGAAGAUUGACGUAUUCGGUGGUCUGUUUCGAAGCAUUGGAAAAACUAAAGACGAAAUCUAUCUGGGAGCCACGGUGAAAGACGUGAAUGACUUUUUCGAGCACGAGUUGCAAUUUUUGGGCGAAUACCAUGCGCAUCUGAAGGAAGCGGCCAGUCGAACCGAACGAAUGACCAACAAGCACAAGGAUGUGGCCGAUUCACAUAUUCGCAUUUCUUCUGCCCUCAUGCUGCUAUCCACGGCUGAGCAAGGCCAUAUGGAGAAUUUUUUGGCAAAAACGUCGGAUAUUUUUGAAAAAAUAAGGAACUACGAAGGUCGCGUAGCUAGUGACCAAGAUCUGAAACUAGGUGACACCCUGCGUUACUACCAGAGGGAUAGCAACGCUGCCAAGGCCCUGCUCAUUAGACGCUUAAGUUGUCUGGCGGCAUACGAAGCGGCCAACCGAAAUCUCGAGAAAGCACGCGCGAAAAAUAAAGACGUCCAUGCGCCUUUGGAGGUGCAAGAGGCGGAAACGGCCCAAACUCAAGCAUGUGAAAAAUUCGAAUCGAUGUCCGCCCGUGGAAAGGAGGAAUUGGUCUCUUUUCGGGUGCGCCGAGUAGCCGCCUUUAAGAAGAACCUCAUCGAACUUGCCGAGUUGGAAAUAAAGCAUGCCAAAACGCAGUACGAAUUUCUUCGCCAAUCGUUGCUUUCCCUCCAGGAAGUCGUCUAGAACUCGCUGGUAAGGUGUGUAUCCAUCAAAUUUAUACCUACCUACGUAUCCGUACGAUAGAAUCACGUUUCCUUUUUCUGGACGAUGUAUGUACAUCGAUUGCGAUGAGUGCAUUUUUCUCUGGGUAUGUAUGUAUUUUUGUAUGUGUGUAUGGAAGUACGUGGUAAACUUUCUGCGCGAUUAUCAGCAAACUUUGGUGUUUGCGAUUUUUUUUGACUAAAUAGUAUAACUAUUCAACAAUAACACCGUCACACAGGACGACAAAUUGUUUGAGAGACGAUUUGACUUUUUUAUAUAAACUUCACCGGGAGCGCCUCGUCUGUGUGGAACAAUACUGCUAUACACUCAACAUGCAUUGUUGAUAUUUACACAUCCACACAUCUGCACCCACGCAUACGCAAACAUAUACAUAAACGCAUAUUGAACAGCGAUCUCUUCUGUACGAUAGGGAUCCAACUGUCGUAUUGUACUCGAGCGCGAAAAUCACAGUGUCUGACAAUGUAGACUCGUGAUAACAAGGAGAAUUUGAUUACAAAAUCGAAUUCCAGUAUAACAUAUAAGAUAUAGAAAACAAAACUGUGACGUUAUUUUGUUUCUCUCAAACAAAUGUGAACAAAACAUAUUCCAUUUUAUCACUCUAGAGUUCAAACUAACCUUCGAAAGAGAAUUUUGGAUUUCUAAUUUAUUCGCGCUGACACAUUCGGAUAUUUUUUCAUUCGUUAAUUGUUGAAACCAAACUCUAAGUAAUUUUUUUUUUGCUAACGGUUUAGUGCAUAUAAAACUGUUCCAACGAUAAAAAAACAAAGAACCUUAUUUUUUAGUCCCAAAAAAAAGAACAAUUUAUACAUGAUAUAUUAUAGCCUAUAUAUAUUUAUACGAGCUGAGACGAGUAGACUGGCUGGAAGAUCAAUCAAACGGUCUCAAAAAUAUCACACGCAAAUGAAACCAGUCCGGGCUAUACCUGCUACUGAGCACUAUUAGACAUUAGACAUACUUGUUGUAACUUGCUGAAGUUGGAUGAAACGAAAUCGCAACCCUCGAAACCGCCAGCAAUUGUUGUGCGGUCCUCAAUCAAUGGUAGGGAAAAUGACAUCUCUUUGUUUUACUCUGGAGAAUUAUUUUUUUUAUAAACUGAUUAUUAUUAUUAUCAUAAUUAUUAUAUUUCUAUUUAGAGGGAACAGAAUAAACUAUUAUGUAUAUAAC